AUGGAAGGGAACUUGAAAACAAAGAGUACCAUACUCACCUUCUUCCUCCUUCAUUGUAUACUUCUUUGUGGUGCGGAGCCUGUGCCCUCUGCAGUGUGGAGUGAUCCUGCCUUCGGAGUUUCCCUUCCAGAUGUUGUUAGCUUCGAAAAUGGCAGCUCUAAAAAUGUAACCAUGACUUUAAUACCACUGAAUGAGACUGCUGUGUUUACAUUCAACAUUACCUACACUUCUAAGAACAAAACCAUUGUCCACCUUCCUGGACAAAUUGUCUUGUUGCCAAAGUCGAAGCAAUCAACUUUUACUGUGGCUGCGGAAGAUGUGGGACAAGUUACGGCCUAUUUGUACAGCAAUAAUUCUCGCACUGCUGGGCCAAGAAUCCGGUUCCUGGUGAUCCAUAGCCUUGCUGUGGAGGUAUUGGAGCAGAUUAUUGGAUGGAUUUAUUUCUUGGCCUGGUCUGUAUCCUUCUACCCUCAGGUGUAUGAGAAUUGGAAGAGAAAAAGCGUUGUGGGCCUAAGCUUUGACUUCCUGGCAUUAAAUCUCACAGGCUUCAUAUCUUAUAGUGUUUUUAAUGUUGGACUCUUCUGGAUUCCAUACAUUAAGGAACAAUUUUUACACAUCUACCCCAAUGGAGUGAUCCCAGUGGAUGCCAAUGAUGUGUUUUUUAGUCUCCAUGCAGUGCUACUAACACUCAUUACUAUUAUUCAAUGCUGCAUUUAUGAGAGGGGAGAACAAAGGGUUUCCAAAGUGUCCAUUGGUCUACUGGUCAUUGCCUGGCUCUUUGCGUUCUCCAUGUUGUUUGUGGCAGUGGCGGGUAGAGUCACCUGGCUUCAGUUCCUGUUCUGCUUUUCAUACAUCAAACUGGCCAUUACUUUGAUGAAAUACUUCCCACAGGCAUACAUGAAUUUUCGCCGGAAAAGUACAGCAGGAUGGAGCAUCGGAAACGUGCUGCUUGAUUUCACCGGUGGCAGCUUCAGCAUUCUCCAAAUGUUCUUGCAGUCUUACAAUAACGAUGAAUGGAAGUUAAUAUUCGGUGACCCCACAAAAUUUGGCUUGGGACUCUUUUCUAUUAUCUUUGACAUUGUAUUCAUCACUCAGCAUUAUUGCUUGUACCGCAAACAUCAAGCAUAUCAACAUGUUUGA